AUGACCUUGAAGGAGAGGGUCCUUGUACUCUCAGAACCCAGCAUCUCACAGUCCCAGUGCACCCUCUGCGGGGAGCCGGAAGAGGAAGAAGGUGGAGACCUGGCCCAGCCGGGCCUCAGCUUCCCGGGGCCCACAGAAGAGGACCUAGACCAGCAGUACUCAUGGUCCCCGACGCAGCACUUCAAUGAGGAAAGAUACUCCCCCGCCCCUAGGAACAUGAAAGGCUUAUCCGGAAGCCGAAACCAGCCACAGCUGUGCACCAGUCACACGUGUGGCCUGACGUCCCCGGACGACUGUGAGCACCCCCACGACCACCUGCGCCAUGGGCAGGACGUGCGGCAGCCCUACCUGCUCAGCCCGGCCGAGAGCUGCCCGCUGGACCACCACCGCUGCUCGCCCCGGAGCUCCGUGCACUCGGAGUGUGUGCUGAUGCCCGUGGUGCUGGGCGACCACGUGUCCAGCAGCACCUUUCCCAGGAUGCACUACAGCUCCCACUAUGACACCAGGGACGACUGCACCAUGUCGCACGCCAGCACCAAGGCCAACCGCAUCCCCGCCAACCUCUUGGACCAGUUCGAGAAGCAGCUGCCGCUGCACAGGGACGGCUUCCACACGCUGCAGUACCAGAGAGCCUCGGCCGCCCCCGAGCAGCGCGGCGAGAGCCCGGGGCGUAUACGGCACCUGGUGCACUCUGUGCAGAAGCUCUUCACCAAGUCGCACUCGCUGGAGGGCUCCUCCAAGAGCAAUGUCAAUGGGACCAAAGGGGACGGCCGGGGCGACGACCACCGCCACCAAGGCCACCACUCCAGACAUGGCAAGCGGAGCAAGAGCAAGGAGCGCAAGCCUGAGGGCAAGCCCAAGUCCAGCGUGAGCAGCUGGUGGAGCUCGGAGGACAACCUGGACAGUGACAGCACGUACCGCACGCCCAGCGUGGCCGCCCGGCACCACAUGGACUCCCUCACUCACUGCUACCCCGAGGCCCUGCCCAGCCCUUUCGGGGACCUGUCCCUGAAGACCUCCAAGAGCAACAGUGACGCCAAGUGCUCGGCCUGCGAGGGCCUGGCCCUGACGCCCGAGGCCAAGUACAUGAAGCGCAGCUCCUGGGCCACGCUCACGGUGAGCCAGGCCAAGGAGGCCUACCGCAAGAGCUCCCUGAACCUGGACAAGCCGCCGGCCCCCCAGGAGGUGAAACCUGCCCUGCGGCCAUGCCACUACCUCCAGGUGCCGCAGGACGAGUGGGGCGGGUAUCCCCCCAGCGGCAAGGAGGAAGAGAUCCCCUGCCGGAGGAUGCGGAGCGGCAGCUACAUCAAAGCCAUGGGAGAUGAGGAGAGUGGGGAGUCUGACUCCAGCCCCAAGACCUCCCCAAAGGUGGCCAUCCGGCCUGAGCCCCUGCUGAAGUCCAUCGUGCAGAGGCCACUUGGAGACCACCAAACCCAGAGCUACCUGCAAGCUGCAAGGGAGGUGCCUGCCAUUCACAGCCUGGACCCUGCUGCCAACUACAACUCCCCGAAGUUCCGCUCCCGGAACCAGAGCUACAUGCGGGCAGUGAGCACCCUGAGCCAGGCCAGCUGCGUGAGCCAGAUGAGUGAGGCUGAGAUGAACGGGCAGUUCGAGUCAGUGUGUGAGUCUGUCUUCAGCGAAGUGGAGUCUCAGGCCAUGGACGCCCUGGACCUGCCGGGGUGCUUCCGGACAAGGAGUCACAGCUACCUGCGAGCCAUCCAAGCCGGCUACUCUCAGGACGACGAGUGUGUCCCCGUGGUCACGCCCUCCAACACGCCCGCCAUCAUCAGGUCCGCCACAGCCAUCUCCUACUCACACUACAAGAAGACGCCCCCGCCGGUGCCUCCACGGACCACCUCGAAGCCCCUCAUCUCAGUGACAGCCCAGAGCAGUACAGAGUCCACCCAGGAUGCCUACCAGGACAGCCGUGCCCAGCGGAUGUCCCCGUGGCCCCAGGAUGGCCGUGGCCUCUACAACUCCACGGACAGUCUGGACAGCAACAAGGCCAUGAACCUCGCCCUGGAGUCAGCCGCGGCCCAGCGCCACAUAGACAGCCAGGGUGGCCCCACGCGGCCGGGCGACAAGAGCACCCUGACAGCCCAGGCUGAGGAGCUCCUCAAGAGCCGCUGCUCCUCCAUUGGAGUGCAGGAUUCUGAAUUCCCCGAGCAUCAGCCAUACCCAAGGUCAGAUGUGGAAACGGCUACAGACUCUGACACGGAGAGCCGAGGCCUGCGGGAGUACCACUCUGUCGGGGUCCAGGUGGAGGACGAGAAGCGGCACGGGCGUUUCAAGCGCUCCAACAGCGUCACGGCUGCAGUACAGGCUGACCUGGAGCUGGAGGGCUUCCCGGGCCAUACAACCACAGAGGAUAAGGGACUCCAGUUCGGCUCGUCCUUCCAACGGCACUCAGAGCCCAGCACGCCAACCCAGUACGGGGCAGUGAGGACGGUGCGCACACAGGGCCUCUUCAGUUACCGGGAAGACUAUCGGACCCAGGUGGAUGCGGCCAGCCUGCCCGCCCCCGAGCCCUGGCUGGAGCCAGCCCUGGAGCCCGUGGAGGCCGGGAGGAUGUCCCCAUGCCGCAGGGACGGCUCGUGGUUCCUGAAGCUGCUGCACACAGAGACCAAGCGGAUGGAGGGCUGGUGCAAGGAGAUGGAGAGGGAAGCCGAGGAGAACGACCUCCCUGAAGAAAUUCUCGGGAAGAUCCGGAGUGCUGUGGGGAGUGCCCAGCUGCUCAUGUCCCAGAAGUUCCAGCAGUUCUAUUGGCUCUGCCAGCAGAACAUGGACCCCAGCGCCAUGCCGAGGCCGACGUCCCAGGACCUGGCCGGCUACUGGGACAUGCUGCAGCUCUCCGUCGAGGACGUCAGCAUGAAGUUCGAUGAGCUGCACCAGCUGAAGCUCAAUGACUGGAGGAUCAUCGCGUCUCCUGAGAGGAAGGAGGAAAGAAAGGUCCCCCCUCCAAUACCAAAGAAGCCCCCCAAGGGGAAAUUUCCCAUCACGAGAGAGAAGUCUCUGGACCUGCCGGACCGCCAGCGCCAGGAAGCGCGGAGACGGCUCCUGGCCGCCAAGCGAGCGGCCUCCUUCCGCCAGAAUUCGGCCACGGAGCGGGCUGACAGCAUCGAGAUCUACAUCCCUGAGGCCCAGACCCGGCUCUGAGGACUGGAGGCAGCGACACUCGCCCCUUUUGUUCUUUUUAACAAAACACUGUACAGUUUGUUUCCUACCUGGUAACUUUUGUCCCAUUUCCUCCACUGAAUCCACCCUGCUGUUGUGUUCUUUGUACCAUAAACACAGUGGGAUGCUUUCAGUUUCCUCAGUGUGCCAGCGAGAACGACUUCUUCCAACUGACUGCCUGACUCACAGUCGCUCUGAGGGACGGGCGUGGUGACGGCCAGCUCGCCUCCUUGUCCUCGGAGGACCAGGCUUGCCUCUGGAGGCGGAACCCACCGACACUUUGUGAUUUCUAUUUUUAUACAUUGUGUGAUAUUAGAGGUAAGAACAAUAGCUGCAAAUGGGUGCAUCUCCCCCGCUCCCGAGAGGCGUCAGACACCCCAAGUGGCAGGUGCUACACCCCGAAGGGCAGGAAAGACAGACCCACCCCAUGAGCUGGGGUCCCUCUCUCCAGCCCAGCUGUCCCAGCCCUCGCUGUCACCAACAGAGAGCUCUUGGCUCCUGCGUGCCGAGUGUGAGGUCACAGAAAGGGGUCUUUACCCACGAGCUCUCACCCUGUGGUUCUCCAAGCCCCGGGAGGGAGGCUCCAAGCCCGAGCCCGAGCCCGAGCCCGAGCCCUCUCCACGAGCUGGCAAAGCUCAGAGAGGAGGUGAAGGUUCCCAGAGGGAAGAAUGCGUGGAAAGGGACCAGGGCCUCAGAAAGCUGGGCGCAUGUGACAAAGAAUUGUUCCCUUCUCAGAAACAGCCAUUGUAGUUUUUAUUCCUUUGUAACUUCAGGCAUUCACAGCAUUUUCUUUAAGUUUUUACCACCUAAGCUCCGUGUGGUUUCUAUAUGUGUACAUACAUUUCAAACUGCUCUAUCAGCUGACUUUCCAGGGUACCCUUAAAAAAGAGUUUGCUUGUAUAAAAUGACAGUUGUGAUGUCAAAAGUGUAAGAAUAUGAAUGUGAGUGGUAAGUAUAUCUCAGUUUAAAUGGUAAAGAAGAAAUGCAGUUUACACUUGUAUUUUUCCAGAACUAUCUUGUCCUAUGCAGUAUUGCUGAAGUCAAGAAUUCAUUUCUUGCCUGUGUUAGACAGGAAGGGAAAAAAGGUGGCAUGUGGUGAUUUCCAGCCAUGGAAUCUGAGAAAGGUGACAAUCUGAGAAGGUCUCCUGACGCCGGUAGCAACAGAGGCCCGGGGCUCUGUUCCGAGCCGGCGGAGCGCCGAGUGGGCGGGCUGCUCCAGCCAACCUGCCCCUGCGCGCCAGCCGGCCGCGCUGCAGCCCAGGAGCGCCCAGGCCUCCUGCGGCCCGG